AUGGAGACGAACGUUGUCGCGUCCAAACCGACUGUCGGCUUGUACACGAAGACAAAUGUUCAAGGCUCUACAAUCCAAUUCAUCUUGCAUGCCCGCAUUCGACAUCGAAGACUGAACGAUGUUGUGUUUGUAGGGGAUACGUUCAUUCACGUCAAGCAGGUUGGCCACGAGGGACAUUUGCAGCACGUGGCAUUUAAGAACGACUUUGAUGCUCGCAUACGCCAUGCAGCGGUGUUCCGUCACGAAGACGAUGACGAUGACGAGGACUUCCUGAUCAAAUUGGAGAAGAACACCAGCUCUCUGGACGUUGCCGCCUUCCCACCGCAAUCAAUUGUCCUCACACUCGAUUCAAAUGAUGUGGCAUUCAUGUUCCUGCGAGCGGACGAGGCCGGAAGAUAUUCAUUCGUGCAAAGAGUCCUCCCGAUGCCCACCUUCGACCGUAUACUAUACCAACCUGGCCAGUAUCUUGCAAUCGACGUACACUCUCGGGCUUUGGCAGUUGCUGCGCAGGAGAAUGAAAUCAUCAUAUAUGCUGCGAAGCCCAGAGACCAGAUCCAGGAUGAGAUCAGGACUGGUGCCACCGACUGGUGUCCAGUAUCAGCCCAGAGGCGACUGCAUGUUCAAGGGGUGAUUCAGCACAUCGAUUUUCUGGUGCCGCCCGCCGACGAUAUCGAACACAUUGUCCUGCUCGUUGUCGUGCUAGAACGUGGGCUGAUGAAGGCGGUCCGCAUAGACUGGUAUCGCGCCGCUGGACCUAUCCAAGCUCAGAUCCAUCCUGGUCAAGCCCUCGAGUCGGCCAAUACAGUUCCUACAUUACUUAUACCGCUUCAGGACGCUGCCUUCAUCUUGAUUGUGGGCAGCCAGCCCACGCUGUGGCGAGACAUUCUGUCUGGGUCUAUAGCGGGCACUCCUCUUGCUCCCGUCGAUGAAAUGGGGCUGUAUCCAGGCAACUCUAGCAUGCUUCCGGUGUGGACUAGUUGGGCAAAGCCACGUCGCAGCCAAGCAGCGAGAUCUUUGCGGGAUGUGGUAUACCUCGUGCGCGAAGAUGGACUUUUGCUGUAUGUCACGAUACCGAAGAGCCCUUCGCAUGGCAUCUCUCAAAGCAUUGCUGGUAGUUUUGACUGCCAUGUCGGUGCAGCUUUUGCAUCGCUCGGAGAUGAGGGCGACCCUGACGUGCUUUGCGUAGCUGGAGAUACUAGCGGCGGCAAAGUUGUGUCCAUCGGCAGCUGGCCGAGUGCCAGGAGGAUCGAAGAGAGGAGCAGAAUGGACACGAUGAGCAUGCAAUUGAUCGAGCUGCUUCCUAACUGGGCCUCGGUGACGGAUACUAUCACGUCGGAUGCGCUAUCCGGCCGCAAUCGUGUGAAGGAAAUCGACAGCAUGUUCGUCACUUCUGGGCGGCAGCCGCACGGUGCGAUCACAGAGCUUCGUCAAGGUAUCGAAGCCAGCGCUCUUGCAUUUCUUCCGCUGGAGGAACUGCAGACCGUAUCGGCUAUCUGGGUACUGCCAGAUCUGGCCACAGGGUCGCUCAUCAUUGUGCUUUCCAGUCCCUUGGAAACGAUGCUAUUGAAGCUUGAUGCAGAAUUCGACUCACCAGAGGAUGUCAGCGAAUUUUCUGCAUUUGACUUGGAGCAGAGGACUAUCGCUGCCGUCAUGACUCAAAACGAUACGCUUGUGCAAGUGACACCCAAGACCAUUUGUGCAUCACAAGGACUACACCCAAACUUUGAAGACACAUCAAAGCUCGUAAUGGGUCACGACGAUGAAAUACUUUCUGCAUGCACAGUGCCGGCGAGCGCUACAAUUGUGGCCUCAAUACGGCAUGCGGAUGCGUACGAGAUUGCAGUAUACAACAUUGCUAGUGAUGACGAGUGCAGCAUCAAGCUCAGCUCAAAAUUCACCUUGAGCAUUGAGCCGCUCUGUGUGGCAGCCGCAGCAGUUGGGAAUGACACAAUUGUCCUGGCAUCAACUGCGAAAGGUGAAAUCGCAUUGCUUUGCUUUGGCGAUGACAAGCCAGAAAGCAUCUUGCUCACCACAGAACUGCCUACGCCUGGUGGACAGCAGGUUGUGUGCGAUCACUUAUCGCUUUUGCAGGACAACGGUGCGUUCCUGGCUGCCUGUGGUUUACGCGAUGGUACACUUGUCUCAUACAUUGUUCAUCCGCAGGCAGACCAGCCCUUUGAGCAUCUGCAAACACUGACGCUCGGAACGAGCACUGUCCGGCUAGCGACACUGCCCAGCGUUGCGUCGUCAGCUAUUGCCAUGACAGGAACCAGCACUUUGCUUGUGACCUGGAGUGCUACGCGGGGCGCACUCUCUACAGAGAACGUCUGGAUCACAGACAAGUCACAGCCCGAACUCGCUCAAGACGCGGUCACUGCAGUCGCGCAGAUGCCCCAUGCACACUAUCUGUCAUCGGACGCUGUUGCCGAGAAGCUGCUUGUCAUUUCUGGUCAAGAACUCAUCGUGCUUCAGCUCGGUGACCAGCUUGCCACUGUCCCGAGACAGAUACCCACGACCGGUACUCCCAAUCGCUUGGUCUACGCUGACUCUAUACGUCAUCUCGUGUGCUCUGGCAUUCACUAUGAUGUUCGUCCACAUCCGUCAAGAGCGCAGGCUUCCUCCGACUACAGACGACAACUUUGGCCAGUGAUUGAUUUCAUACCCACCAAGGGAACGAGAUCUUCCUACACACAUCACAUGCAACCUGGCGAGAAGAUCAAUGCCAUGCUCCCGUGGUCUUUCAAGCGAGGCGGUGAAAAGACCUACUCUUAUAUCCUAGUGGGUGGAAGCUAUCGCAAGAAAAGUGGAAUGAGAGGUGGCAAAGUCACGUUUUUGCAGCCCAAACUUCAGAGCUGGGAAGUUGUUGGUGUCGCAGAGACUCGACAAGUCAAAUUCGAUCAAGAGGUGACGGCUCUUGCCUUGUACGAUGACACCACUUACAUUGUUUGCGCCGGCAACAAAGUGCAUAUGUCCAAGCUUGACGUUGUGGAAAUGAAGUGGGAAACAUUUUGCCCAGCUUUCACGUUAGCAAGCCCCGGGGUCUACGUUACUGUUGAGCCUGCUGGCGAUGACCUCAAAGCGAUUGUGAUCACGACUGCUGCUGAUUCUGUGGUUGUCUUGUGCGUGACGAUCAAUCCGGAAGACGGGACAGCCGCUUUGCGGCCAGUAUGUACUGGGCCGAGGGCGGAUUACCUUCUCAGCCAUCUUUGGCUUCCGAGCGCCAGUGAUGCUGCAGUGAAGAGCACACCACUGGUCCUCACGGGUUCGAAAUAUGGACAGCUGAUUGGCAUGUCGAUACCAAGCGGUGAUGAAAUCAAGGCCUCGGACUACGGACACCGAUCAGCUUCAUUACAGUUUGAAGCCCAUCUGCCGCGAUCACUCACGCGUCUUCGACCCAGUCCGCCUACAGCCCGCAAAGGUGAAAGACCAGCAGGCCUCGUUUCUGGCCGGAUCCUUGGCUCAGCUACAGAUGGCACCAUACUCAGCAUUGCAACAAUAGACGAUUCUACUUGGCGAAAAUUGUUCUGGUUGCAACGACUGAUCGAAUGGAGUGACGCCUUAUCUCCAUUCUCGCACACAAGCCCGGCGUAUACAGCAGGCGAGGACGCAAUGCUCGGACAAAAUCGAGCAGUUCCUAUUGGAUUUGGAAGCAGCGCUGCGGAAAUCAUGCUGCUUACGACGAAUAGUCGGUUGGAUGAUAUGCAUAUUGAUGGAGAUGUGCUGAAGAGAGUGUUGUGCGAGGGUGGAGUUGGGGAGGUCAGAAGAUUGAUGCACAUGCUUGCUGAGGAAGAUGUGAAUGUGGGGAGCUGGAUGGCUGAACAUCUGGAAGAUGAAUUGGAUGCGCUUGACGCCGUUGUGGAGUUGAGUAGGAAGAUCGAUGCGUGGUUAUGAAUGGGAUGAUAUUGGGUCGGGAGAUGGUGAGAAUGGACGGCAUGCACUUUACGCUGCUCUACGCUGCAUACGAUGGAAUGCCACGAUACCCAAAGCGAAAUGAAAGCGAUAUGGAAUAUUGAUAGCCUGUAAA